AAGAAGAAGGAUGAGGAAGUGCCUGGUGCUGAGGAGGAAAAGGAAGAGGACCGGGGCGGACACAGAGGAGCUAGAGAUGUCAACACUGUCAACUGCCCCCCAGGAAAAGUUCUGCUCCAUUUGACAAUGCCAUGGGAAACUGCUGUGCUCAGUGCGUGGGUCUGUUCAGGCGGGAGGUCAGCAGGAUCCAGAGAGGAGGCGGGUCCAAAUACUUCAGAAGCAGUACAACAGGGGAACACUAUACUAUAGAGUUUGAAAAUCUGGUGGAGAGUGAUGAAGGAGAGGGAGAGAAUCCACAGCCAUGCCCGAGGCCGAUCAGUGACGAGGAAAUCAAACACCUUCGUGAACACCACUACACCGCUAUCUCAGACAAGCAGAUCCUGCUUGACCAGAAGCUCCAGGAGGAGUUAGAGGCACAAGAGGAGAAGUUAAGGCUAGAAGAAGAGGCUAGAAAUGCCGAACAGCGUGAAGCCGCCAGGUUGGCACGUGAGCGAAAAAUGAAGGAGUUGUCGAGUCAAAGGAUACGGGGGAAAGCAGACGGCUCUGGAGAUGAAGCUCUACAAAAAAAACAAACCUCUGGGGAAGAUUUCGACGUCUACCUUCAAAAUGUCAAAGCCCAGUCUGAAGCUUUUAGGAGUAGCAGACUCCCAUCUGACACUAAUGUAGUGACUCCAAACACGGAGUGCAGCUGGGAUUUCACCACCAAGACCCGGUCCACCAAUGAUGACGUGACCUCACUGGACCUGGAGUGGGAGGAUGAGGAAGGAAUCAAUCGGGCUUUUCCAGUCUGGGAGAGAUCUCGGACAGAAGAGGACAUCCUGCGUGCGGCGCUGCGCCCCGGUGGCAAACACGUGAACAGUGGGCCGACCUCGGCUUCUGAAGAUUCCAACGCCCUGGAAUGGGAGAAUGAUUUUGUGGCCCCGCACCUGGAAGACAGUGUCACCACUGAAUUCGAGGGGUUUGUCAAUCCCGUCCUGGACACUCCCUCUGAGGAGACCUCCGAUCGGAGCCUUUGGUUGGACAAACAGGAUAGAUAGUGUCCGGCACCAAAGGAGACAGUGUCCCUGUCCAUGUCAGAGCUCACCAGCUUCAUUUCCACAUUAAUGGAAAUGUCCACACUGGCCCUUUUUUUUUUUUAAUCUGAGACUGAUGCUGCAGUGUUGUGUGGUGGAUCUCUACACUGUAUUGACAUGUUUAUCAAAUCAUUUUUCAGUGCCUUCAUUUGCUAAGUUAUCUGACCAUGUUAUGCAGUGUUAGCAAUCAGCUAAAUAGCAUUUUCAUUACGUUUUUUUGUAGGGAUGUCCGAUAUUGUCUAAACACUUAAUUUCCGAUUCCGAUAACCACAGCCAGGUGGUUAAGGAAUGUAAGUGCCGCCUGCUCACUAAGGUGAUGGGUUAAAGCACAGUUAUUUUCUGCCAUGUCCCCCCUAGAGGACAGAAGUUUUAUUCACCUCUUCCCCCAGAAUUGGUACAAGCAUUCUCCAUACAACCCUGAUUUUUAGAAUAGAUUAAUAAAAUGAGCUGCAAUGCUGCCAUCUAGUGACAUUCACUGUAUGCAUACAGCUGUUUUUCCCCAAAACUAUUUUUAGGGCACAAAUCAUUUGGUGAAACCCAGAUGUUGCGUUAUCAGGAGAAACCAAUAAUGAUUCUGACACAUAAUUAUGCUAAUAUCGGUUGGCCCAUAUUAUCGGACAUCCCUAGUUUUGUGUAACCAGCACCUGGCGACCAUGUGAUCCAAUAAUCUGCAGUUCACCGAUUAUUAAAAACCUCAUUGUUUUUUCCACAUAGCACAACCUGGGGACCAAGUGUGAUUCCGAGGUCGGCCACUUGCUUAGCGAUACUGAUAAAAACUCCUCCUGUAUACUUCACUGUACAUUGCUGUGUGGGAAGGACAGCAGCGUAAGCACAGAAUAAUUAAAAUCUCAGCCCGAGCUGUGGGUCAACCCGGUCACAGCAGGUUUAUGAAACUGUUGCAUGAAGGCAGAAAAAUUAUAUUAUUUUGGUUUUUGAUCAAAAGUCUAUGGUUUUAUAUAUUUAAUCCCAGGAUUUCACUUAAUAAAUUUGUUGUUUU